AUUGGCGAGGAGGCCUUCGGGGGCCUCGUGGUGUGGUUGGAGCGACCGCAGCGAGAGGACAGAGAGAGGAGAGGGGGAGGGGAUCGGCCUCAGAGCGGCUGUUAGGAGCACAGAUGCUACUUAACCGAGCAAGAGUCUUGCCAGGCGUGCCUGUGGCCAAUGAAGAGAGGACUGAUUAACGCCAGCGCCUCAGAUGACAUGGGAAACUUAAACUCAGCUCAAGCCAAAUCCGACUUGAAGGAGUGAAGCCAGAGUAACAGAGCUCUCUGAGGGUGAAGUUUGUAGGACACAUGAAGAGUACAAAAUGAUGACGACAAAAAAGAGGUUACAGAGCUUCACAUUGUCAUCUAAAUAUAUGGGGCAUUUUUCUCUGAGGAAUUGAUGAUCAUGGAUACAGCAGUGGAUGUAAUUUUAAAGACCAAGGAGGAGAAAGAUGCAGAACUGGAUAAAAAGAUAGAAGCAUUACGGAAAAAGAAUGAAGCACUUGUGAAAAGAUAUCAGGAAAUUGAAGAAGACAAGAAAAAGGCAGAACUGGAGGGAAUGGCUGUUACCACUCGAAAGAACAGACCUGAAAAUCUCACCAUCACUAUUACAAAAGCCCCGAAUGAAAAGAGGGUGGUCAGUGAGAAACGGACAUUUGGACCAACAAGCAGUCUUAGAGGGAGUGAAGCAGAUGCAGGUCAAAGAUUUUCUGUAGGAAGAGGACAAAGACUUCGUAAAUUUGUUGUGGAGGAAAGCAAAGCAAAGGAGUGGGAGGAAAGGAGAAAGCAAAACAUAGAAAAGAUGAAUGAAGAAAUGGAGAAAAUAGCUGAAUAUGAACGUAGCCAACUGGAAGGAAAAGUUGACAAGAACCCAGUUAGAAAUUUCUUGGAUGACCGUCGGCGUUCAGGUCCCUUACCAGAGGGGGAUAAGCGAGUGGGCAGUCGGCGUAAUGUUCGCAACUGGGGUGGCCCGGACUUUGAGAUGGUAAAGUCUGGUAUAGAAAAGAAACGUUGGGAAAAAGGGUGUCCGGAAGGUGGACUGCCAGCUCAGAAAGGCACGGUGGACAUGACUUUAUUGAUGACUGGCCGGGAGAGAGCAGAGUAUGUCCGCUGGAAGAAGGAACGGGAGCAGAUAGAUCAAGAGAGGCUAGCACGUCACAAAAACUCCAAAGGAGAAUGGAAAAGAGCAUGGGAUGCAAACAAAACUGAAGACAUGUUUCGAGAAGAUUUUGCUGUGGAAAAUGAGCUUGGUUUUCAUAAAAGAAAAGGUGGAAGAAAUGCAAGGAAAAACAGUGGACGAUUUCAGCAUCAUGAUACACGAGAUGAUGGAAAUCAUGCCGACAAGACCAAAGAAUUGUUUCCGUGGUCUGAAGCAACAGAUAGCAGUAAAUCAAAGGGCAAAGAUAGAUUGACUGGAAGAGCCAGAAGCUUUAAAUUGGAUAUAAAAGAGAAGAAUGAAAUACAAAGAGACACUGGAGGACAAUGGGUGGAGACAGUCACAGAAGAACAUAAGAAGCAAAAAGUAAAUGAAGAUGCUGAGUUGAGGAAGAAUGCUGAUUUAGAUGUGGUCAUGUUUGAUUGGCAGGAGGCUGAAGAAGGCACUGACUGGAUGAAUGGAGAGUGGGAAACUAUCGAGAUGCAUGACUCCCAAAAAAGCUCCAUCAAUCGCAAAGCUGUUCGCAGAGCUCUGAUGGAUACUGAAGGAACUGUGAACAAGCCAAAACCUUGCAGUAGUAAGUUGGGUAAUCUAUCAUUGGCCGAGGAGUUGAUACACAUCAGGCCUAUAUUGCACCAUAAUGUUUCAGGCAAAAGCAAUUCUGAUUUUCCUUCAGAAAAUGGUAUUUCAGUUCAUGCUAUUCUGACAAAGAAUGACAUACAGGAUCUUGAAGACACAGGAAAUGUGUUAAAAUAUUGUUCCCCCUCAGACUCUAGUAAAAAGUCAGCAUCGGUUGCCUUUGAUGAGAUAUCAAACCAACUUAGCACUACAGAGGAUCAUUUACCAUUAAAAGACAGAAAUCAACUUGGACUUGAAUUGGCUGGUUGUCCUAACUCUCUGGAUGGUAAUGCUGCAGUUCUGGAGAAAAAUAUAUUAAUUGCUGUUUGUGACGAAGAAAAGAAAUGUUCUUCAGCUACUGGUAUUACAACCAAAGGUUUGGCAGUGAGUGUGAAAUUGCAAGAUCAGUCUGCACAGGAAAUUGCUGGGAAAUUGCAGCCAGCUGUGAUAACAGAUCGUGCAGUAACUUUGCAGGAUGACCAAUGUAACAGUUUCCCUACUUCCAAAGUUGGAAUUGUUUCUUCUGGGCGUCAACCAGGGAAGUAUCAAGAGGAACUGUCAAAAGGAAAUGUAAGAACUGACAUUGAUUGUGAGGAAAUUAAAGGGACGCCUGAUGAUUCAGCAAGCUCAAAGUUUUCACCUGAUGCUGCCAUUCUAGACAUUACCAAUACUAUAAAUGGGAUGAUGAUUGAAGAAAAAUGAAGUAACUGCCAUACCGAUGGUAUUAUAUAAUCAAAAUAUCAAGAUUCUCUGCUUCUUGAGUGCACUCUUCACAUCAGUAAUUUAUUGACAGUAUCUCUCUUGCAGUGUCUAAGCUAUAAGCUUCAUAGUGCUCAAAUAACAUUUUAAAAUCAGAAACCUUAUAAUAACUGAGGCCAUGUAUGUUUACUAAUUACCAAGCAGCAAUGCAAUAUUAAUUUCACUUUACUUUGCUAUAAUUUUAUUUGUUGCAAUUGCAGCACAUUUAAGCACUUUAUUUCUACUAUAUAAUUUUAUUUGAAUUUUGAGAAUGUGCAUAUGGUGUGGUGGUUGCAGGAUAGGUAAUGUUUGAUAGAUGGAUUCAGUUUAAGAAUAAAACUGGUCUCUAAAUGUAAUUUAAUUUAAGACACUUGGUUUAACACGUGCUUUCAAAAUUUUAUCCUCUUUAAGGGACAUACAGGUUUCAACAAAUGCCUGUGGACAAUAUUGCUGUGAAUUGUGGUAUGCAUUGUUGUUAUAUGUAUACUUUGCUAACAGGAUUGGUUUAGAAGGUUGUAACUUAGUCCCUGGCAGAAAAUGCGGAACAAAACAUUAAUGUGCAUUGAUAUGACAAAGCUAGUAUAGAGAAAGCUAACUUACACUCUCUUCAGGUAGAGUAUAAAUACAGGGUCACAGUAAAAUUAGUUUAGACUGGUCUUGGUCCAAUUUCCAGAGGACCCUGUUAAAACCUGGUACCACAUUUAGUGCGUUUGCCACGUCUGCUCAGACAGGAAGGUGUUUGUGUGUGUUGGGAAAUGCAAUAACUCCAUAUUAGGAGAGAAGUGUAUUCAGACACGAGGGCUGAUAAUGCACUGGCAAGGCAAUCUGUCUAAAGGGGAUUGCUGCACUAAAUAUGAUUGCUCCAUUAUAUCUAACUCAACAUCAUACGGAGUGUUGUUCCAGCCUUGUCUUUUCAGUUAACAGCCCACCACCCUCCGUUCUUAAAUCCUUCUUCCAAGUCUACAUUCAUUUGCAUUUUGAGGAAGAAAACAAUUUUCAGCUGAAAUAAUACAUACAUUGAUGCAAUCUAUUCAGUCGUGUCAUGAUAACCAGCAGUAUUAUGAUGAACCUGCAGGUUACAUUUGUUCAGUCUGUUUGUAGGAUAUACUGACAUCAUUAAUGGCAGAUGGCAUCACAGCAUGUUUUGGUACAAAGCCACAUAGAUUUAAAUCUUGAAGGAAGAAAUAACUCUUUUAACCAGAGUUUUCCAGGACUGAAAUCCCUCAUGCUCUCAAUAUGCUGGUACCUAUUAUCUGUAUAAGACAGGGAGCAGGUUAACUGAUUUAGCUAUUUCUCAAUUCUGGGAGAAUUACAUUGAUGUCAACUUGUAACCUCUCAAGUUGUGCAUUAGACUUCAAAAAACAAGAUUUGUCAUUUUAGAAAUUGAAAACGUUGGCAAUCCCAGCAUUUUGUUCUUCGCCUUAAUGAGUGAAGAACACAGUUUUUUUUAUAAAUAGGUGAGCUUGUGUGUGAAUACAGUAGGUUGGCGAAGAUAACCAGGCACUGCAAUCAUGCUGGAUUUCCAGCUUUCAUCUAUAAUUAUCAUUCUUCAAAAGCAGGAUUUCAUCUGAGUGACCCUGUUCUGUAUUGAAGGUUGGAUCAGAAGUGAAGCCCCUACAUGAGAGAAGGUAGGAGAGAGAGAAUGAUUUUAGAUUCAGUAGCAGGCUGAAAUAUCGGGAUAGUUGUGUGUUAAUAGACACUUUAUGUUUACACAUUUCAGUAGUGUGUAGUGUUUGCUAUUUUAUUUAUAUUUACAGUUUGUUACUCAUGUCAUGUAACCAACAAUUAAGAUGAAGUAAGUCCAUGGAAACCACGGUUACUGAUGUACAUGCCUAGAGCAUGGUUUGGAGUUUAUAUAUUUAAAGCAAUUAAUAUCUGUGGCCAUCUUAGACUGGAUUGAAAGUUAGAAUAGUUUAUUUUGAAAGCUGAUUUAAAAUUCAAUGAAAUUAUUAAAAACAAAAUUGACUUGUUUUAA